GUAUCUAAUAAUGUCACUGGUGUCACUUUUCUAGGAGCGUCUCGAUGGAUGGACGUAGACGAGGAGACUGAUGGUCAAUCUAAAUAUUAUGUAUUGAUAAAUGUGUUGUGCUUUUAAUGUGAACGCCGAAUAACAAAAUGUCGACCGUUUUCUUAGCUGUUAUUGCUGUAAUAUUGUGUGUACUUUUUCGAUUACUUAAUGUGAAUAGCCAGCCGCAAAAGCCCGUGAUUUAUGGAAGAGAUAGAAGUUUCAUCGAGAAUAUUUUGUUUAUUACCCCAUUUAUAAGUGAACCAUAUAUUCCAACUAGAUUAUGGGGCUUCAGUGGCCACAUUCAGACCAUCCUCCACAGUCUAAUAGGGCGUGUCCGUUGCCCUUGGCCUAUUGGCGGCAGAAUUUCUUUGAUUCUACCAGACAAAUCUACUUUAACUUAUGAUUUGUAUGAACCAGUGGGAUCUGAACAUGAAGAUGACGUCACAGUGGCAAUUUGCCCGGGAAUAGGAAAUACGUCGGAGAGUGUGUACAUACGCACCUACGUGCAUUAUUCGCAAUGUCAUGGGUACAGAUGUGCAGUGCUGAAUCACAUCGGCGCUUUGAACAGCGUGCCCGUCACCGGCUCUCGAAUAUUUUCAUACGGUCAUACAGACGAUUUCAACUACAUGAUAGAGAACCUGUUGGAACGUUAUCCUAAUACUAAGAUUAUAUUAGUCGGGUUCAGCCUCGGCGGUAAUUUGGUUACUAAAUACCUCGGCGAGGACAGGAAACGACCUACCAAUAUUAUAGGGGGAAUAUCCAUAUGCCAGGGAUAUAAUGCCAUCGAUACAAUGGUGUAUCUGCUGCAAUGGCAGAACUUCCGCCGUUUCUAUUUGUACAUAAUGACUGAUAACUACCGUAAUAUAAUAACAAGACAUAAGAGGAUGCUGUUGAAUCAAGAGAUGAAAAGUAGAUAUUCAUUGGACGAAAAUAUGAUCGUGUCCGCUGGUACAUUGCCCGAUUUAGACGAAGCAUAUUCAAGAAAAGUUCACGGAUUCGAAUCUGUUGCGGAUCUAUAUAAAUGGAGUUCCUCGGCCUUUUAUUUGGAGAACAUUAAAACUCCAAUGGUAUUCAUCAACGCACGCGACGAUCCUAUAGUUCCCGAGCCUCUUUUACCACUCAUUCGGGAAUUUGCAAGUUCACACGACAGAGUUAUGUAUUUGGAAUUGGCUCACGGCGGCCACCUUGGUUUUUAUGAGGGCGGGCUCCUGUUCGCCAACCCCGUGAACUGGCUCGAUAGAGCGCUGGUCGCAUUAGCUGGGGGUCUGCUUAUGGCACAUAAUAAAUGUUCCGAGAAGGUCGCUCCCCCUAUACCAGACCCCAUCGAAUCCUCCACCAUAGUAUACCGCGACCCUCUCGAUAAAAUUCAACAAUCUUGUAAAGUCUAAAACAGUGACUAUUAGCUAUGCUGGGAUUUGUACUAAUAAAUUCGCCGUGUAAGUAUGUAUUAUAUUAAAUAGUUUGGUACUAAAUUUUUCAUUCGUGUACUUAAACAGUGCUAUUAAUAAACAAGGUUUAGCGUCAGAGUAAAUUUACGCUAAAAUUGCAAUUUUAGUAUUGGUCCUAAUUCAUAUUAUACAGAGAAUAAGCAAACCUACUUACCUUCUAGGAGUAAAUAUUACUCCCGUAGAACCUCAUACUAGGUUUCCUUUGCUAAGUCUCUAUAUAAAAAUAUGAAUUUUAACUAAUACUAAGUGCAGUCUCAGCCUGAUAGAGUUGAUUUAUCUUUAUUUUACUUCCGAGUGCGUAACAAUGGAAAUAAAUGCGCACUUGCUGGUUUCUUGAGAAAAUAUAACGCAGCAUAUUAUAUUUAUAUUAUUUCAGCACAAAAUUUUAAAUGCUAGAGUAGCAUUGUUGUACUAAUGAGUUGUGAAGAUUAUUUAUAUUGUGUAGUUAAAUAUGUAUUGUGUGUGAUGUUUUAAUUUUCUAUCGUAUUAGAAUUUAUUUAUUAUUAUAUCUGUCUACAAACACAUGGUUGCAAUAUAUUGGAUUGACCUAAUUGUAUACAUAAGGUAUUUAAUGAUCGAUUUAAUGUUUAUUUAUGUACGGUAUUAUUACAUCUGUACUACAUAGUUGAUUAACUUAUUUGAAAGUUUAGUCAGAUUAAUGAAUUGAGUCCACUGGCAAUUUUUUGGCAUCCCUCCAUGCAAGCAGAUACAAAUGGAAACUGUGAUAGUUUCUUUGUAACCUGCAACUUGCAUUGCGUGUUACUCAUAUUUUUGCAUAAAUACUUUUUAGAAAUGUCUUCGUUGAGCACUUAGGGCUUGCUACGUCACAAGUAUGAUUAUGAAUUAUUUAUACAAAUUUAUUUAUUAUUGACUCCUAGAAGACUUAGUUAAUGGCUAAGGCUUUGUUCAGAAUAUUCCCUUGAUUAAUCAUAAGCAAACCGAUAAUAUAUUCCUGUUUUGAUUUUCAUUAUUACUAUUGAGAUUUCAAUGUUAUUGCUGUAAAAUCUCUUACAGUGUCAUAUUGCCAGUGGACGACACUUUUUUACUGCUAUAGUCUGCACAACAAUAAAAAUAUCAUACUACUAUAACACAAACAAGUGAUUAAAUGAAGAUAUAAUUUCGUGUCAAAAGCACUACUGCCACAUUUUUAAAGUCAGUGCCGUCACGCUCUUGCAUAUAUUAAGUUCGCAAUUUUUUUAUUAUUAUGAUAUGUAUUAGGAGUACAUAGAAUGUUGAUAUGUAUUUAUUUACUUUGUGCCUUGAAAAUUUUGUCUAGGUGUAAGAAUGCAAGAUUUUAUGAAAUUGUUAGAACUAGACAAUAUUUGCCAGGUUAUUCAUGUGUUCAUCUUAUAAACAAUCCUUAAAGUAUUAUUAUCUGAGUGAAUACUCGUACAGUCAACUGCACGUUAGAUUAUACACAACUAUCAUAUUUCCCCAUUCGAUUUUUAACCUUAAUAUAUCUAGGGUAGAUCUUAAUAUCUAUUGUAGUAAAAGUUACACAUAUUGUGGUAACCUAACGUGCAGUCGUGUGUACUUUGUUACGUACAAUGAAACGUAAUUAUUAUAUCAACAUCGAUAUUUCUACAAAAUAAUGUGAAUUAGAAAUUAUAUUGGUGAUAAAAAUGUAAUAUGUAUGUAUCUGUAGCUGCCAAAUGGUUAAAACAGACGUUCAAUUAGACGGCUAGCCUUUUAAACGAUAAAACAGCCGUACAUUUAUUACUAUUCUCCGCCACUGCGACGCUAAUUUUCAUUAUGUUUGGGGCCGUCCAUUAAUCACGUGAUUUUUUUUUUUGACCCCCCCUCCCCCCCUGGUGAGGUUUAAGACUACACCCUUCCCUCCUUCAACCAAAUCACAUGUAUU